AUGAAAACACCUAAAGAAGUGUUUGAAACUUUUGACAGUUACAUGUUGCAUGAGGAGCCUCGGACUCAUUUGACCAUAAUUGAACUGCUUUGUUGUGACACUGGUGAAUAUACAGAAAAAUACCAACAGCUCAGCAUCAACUGGGUGAAGAAACCUGAAAUGUUGAACUCCUACAUCAAAGGGGCCGUGAGUCGCCUUCCAAACAUUCCCGAAUCAUAUCUACAUGUACCCAUAAAAUGCUUACUUGCAGUCUUCUGCACAAUGGAGGAGAUAGCAACUGAGCAAGCACUUGUGAUUAUUCCCCAACUACUGGAUCAACUCAACCCCAAAAAUGGACUGAAUAUGAAGCCAGUAGUAGAAAUACAGCAAAUCAUAUAUUUGAUCACACAGAAAACACAAGUCACAAAUGAAUGGCAUCCCAACUUCAUUGAGAAGUUGUGCAACACAGUUGUUCCUUUUGUGAAGGAUCAAUACUCCACUGAUGUUCGCGUCUACACCUAUGGCAUAGUUGCUAACUUGCUUUCUGUUGAGCAAGCUGUAAGCAUCUUUACAUCAGUGGGGAUCACAGCAGUGCCUGAAGACAUCCUAACAUCAGCAGAUAUGAACAUGAACGAUAAGCUGAAAGAAGCUCUCAGACGUUUAAAAAACUAUUUGAGUAAACUGAAGGACGAGAGUGAGGAUGGUGCAGCUGUACCCGAAUCCAGGAAGAAGAAGAAAAAGAAGAAGAAGAAGAAGGAGAAAGACCAGCACAACAACCAAAAUGUUGAAGUUUGUGGUCCUUCAACUGAUCCAGCAGCAGUUCCUUGUAAACCAGUGGGAACACAAAAACGACCACACAUUAGCAAGAGGUGGAGGGAGAAGUUAGAGAAGCUUGCAAACACUGAUGAAACCAAAGUGACCAGAAUUGAGAGCAUUAUGUACAUGAAUGAUGCAGAAUUUCGCAUAGCCAAGGGAAGUGAUGGCACUGAAGUUUUCUUGGGGCUGAAAAGUGAUGGCUCUGAAGUGGCAAUUAAGAGAAUGUCGAGAACCAACUAUCAAGUGCUGAUGAAUGAGAAAUUACUUCUGCGACUUCCAGAGCUGUAUGACAGCCGUGUUGUACGAUAUAUCGACUUUGCAGAGGACAACACAUUUGGAUAUCUUUGUCUUCAACUUUGUGAAUACACCCUGGAAGAAUAUAUCAAAGAUAAUGAUGGCAGUCUGGAUAAAGAGCAACUCGUGUAUGACUUUCUUGACAGUUUAAGAGCUCUUCAUUGUCAAAGGCCUCAAAUUCUUCACCGAGAUCUCAAACCAAAAAAUGUUUUAAUAGAUGUGAAUGGAAGGGCAAGAUUAGCCGACUUUGGCAUUAGUCGACGUCUACCCAAGGGCCAAACAACUUACCACACACGUAGUGCAGGAACAGAAGGCUGGAUGGCCACGGAGACUUUAAAGAAUAAAGAUAAUGAUGUACGAUACAAGUGGAGCACUGAUAUACAGGUUGCAGGGAUGCUGAUUUACUACAUCCUCUCCGGAAGACACCAUCCAUUUGGGGUAACCUAUGAGCGAGUGUACAACAUUCAUAAAGGGAACUACAAGUUGGACCACGUUCAAGAUGUGGUUGCAAAGGAUCUCAUCGAGUGGAUGAUCAAUAAAGAGCCGGAGAAAAGACCUAAAGUGGAAGAAUGCUUGAAUCACCCCUUCUUCUGGACCAACACAAAGAAAGUGGAAUACUUGAGAAGGGUUGGAAACAGGAACGAGGUGGCAGUUCGUGAAACGAACCAGGAAUUGGUUUCCUUAGUUGAAGAAUGGGCUGUGGGUGUAUCCUACAAUCAGUGGAGAGAAAAGUUUCCACAAGACUUGGUCGAGGAAGUGGAUGACAAGAAGAGGCCCUACCCUGACAACAUAUUUGGAUUAGUUCGUUUCAUUCGAAUACUCCGGGAGCACUAUCCCCACCACAUAGACAAAGUUGACCCACUGAGAAUCUUUCCUCAUCUCUUUGGAUGUAUUUAUAAAUUAACCAAAAGCCAAGGAUGGCAUUUGGAGUGGAGUCUCUUGAAGGAAAUGUUCACAGCAGAUGUGACACGAGGCGCCACCCAAGAUGCAAUGCCACUCGCAAACCAUGAAGAUAUCAAUGUCGCUGUUCAAGAAUGUCAGCCCAGUUUCACGGAGACAACGGCAAACGCCACCAUUGUCACAGAUGCACCAGAGUAAAUGUAAAUUGUUGCUAGAAAGUAACACCUAUGAUAGACAGUUGUAUAUCAGACCUUUACCAUCUAACCUUACUGUUGAUCUGUGGACAGAUUAUUAGACUGUAUAGGUGCAGAAUUUCUUUGGUGUUGAUGAUGAACUAUUCCGCAAUACCCUUUCAGCGUUACAUAAAUGAAGUGAUUAGAGGCUUCUGUACGUCCUCUAGGGUCUGUUUACAUCCCCAGUCAAAUCUGUGGCGGACAUUUGACCACUCGGAUCACACGGCAGUUCAGAGAGCUGGAGCAGCCACUGAUAUUGGCUGGUUCACAGUUCAGUUACUGUGCAUACAGGUCCUUUCUGAUGCUGCAGCACAGAGGGAAACUUCCUAUGUUCCAGAGAAACCUAAAAAUGGAAGGAUAUGUGCCUGUAUCCGUGGAGAGAAAAACGUAUUUCUCUUUUUACUCAUGAAACAUGAGAUUCUUUUUAAUAACCUGUGGAUGAAACUCAGAAAAAAUAUAUCUUUUAUAUUGUCCUUAAAUUCAGUUUUUAUGAAUUUAAAAAAAUGUGAUUGUGAGAUGUUUGUGUUUGUGUUAAAUGUUAUAUAAACACUAUAGUUUUAUAUUUCUGAUUUGAUAUGAAGAUGACGUGUACAUGCAGAGAUAUGUAACAAUGCUUGUUUUCUGUACAAAAUUCACACAUCUGUAGUUUGUGAUUUAUAUUUCUUGCAACUUGUACUAUUAUUUAGUUAGUUACUAUUAUAUUUCCUUAAUAAAUUGUG